UCGACCUGCCACUCCGCCCCGUGCCGGCCUCGGCUCUUCCUGAUUGGCUCCUCGCGUCCGAGUCCAUGCCGUCUUCCUAUUGGCGGCCGUGGUGGAAUGGCCCGCACGUCGUCCGCGUCGUCAUCCGCAUUCUGAGGCUACCGUUCCUGCUUCCAUUUAUCUCCUUCCUCGUUAUCACCGACGUCCUCGAGGGCAGCUGGUGCGCCAAGUUCGGCUGCAAGGAUAUCUGGCAGCCCGCAUUUCCGCUCUCGUUCCGGCUCUGGCCUAUAGCCCUCCUAGCGGCAGCCAUCAAUGCUGGAAUUUGGCUGUGCUGGAUGCUCGGGUGGGAGGCGGUCGUGUGGUGCGUGAAAAGACGGAAUUCGCGGGGCUGGCGCUCUCCGCGUCAAAACGGAAGCCCGAGAUAUUCGGACGACGAGGGCGAAGGCCAGUACAUUCUGCUCCCGGACGGGGAGCGCCCCUCAAUGUCAAGCCCGCCAAUGUCUCCGACGCGUCGCUCGCGGAUACGACGCGCGUGGAACAUGCAGGACAUCUGGUGGUGGGCGCAGGUCGUUUUAUACGCGUCCAUUGCGCUUGUAGGCGUGUGGGAGACCAAGCACUACGAACAUCCAAACGAUGUUCGCUUCCGACCUGCACUUCAACGUGCCUUGUCGGACCGACAUCCAAGUCCUCAAGGAUAUGGCAAAGGAGAGAAGAUCUUCAUCGCGGCUUCUUUCUUCAACAACCAAGAUGUCCUUCCCUACUGGACGUCGACCCUGCUUGCUGUUAUCACGUACCUCGGGCCCGCAAACGUCUUCGUCUCGAUCGUCGAAUCACACUCGUCCGACAAUACACCCGCGCUCCUAACCGCACUCGCAGAUACCCUUGCUGCGCGCGGCGUGCCGCACCAGGUGCUUGUGCAUGACGAUGCCGCGGUGCCAAAGCCGGAUGACCUCUCCUUCAACAACCGCAUCGAGUUCCUCGCCCGUACGCGCAACCGCGCGCUCGAGCCGCUCGUACGCACCGGCGGCUACGCUCGCGUGCUGUUCUCGAAUGACGUGUUCGUCGAGCCGGAGAGCGUCCUCGAGCUGCUCGAUACGCAUGAUGGCGAGUACGACAUGGCAUGUGCGAUGGACUUUGGCCAUUUCGGCGCAUAUGAUGCGUGGGUUCUGCGCGAUCGCCUCGGACACCUGACAAGUUCUAUCUGGCCCUACUUCAUUGAUGCCCCCUCCAUUGAUUUGAUGCGCAAAGAUGCUCCGGUGCCCGUUUUCUCCUGCUGGAACGGCAUGGUUGUCUUCGACGCAGACCCGCUCCUCCCCAUUCACCUGCGCUCCAACCGCACGCUCUCCCGCGAUCCGCCCCCGUCGCCGCUCCCGCCCACGCACCCCGCAGCACACGACGCAUCGCUGCGCGGGCCCUCGCCCGCGCUGACGCCGCCAAUCGCGUUCCGCUGGGCGCAGCGCGAGCUGGGCGAGUGCUUCUCGAGCGAGUCGUUCCUGCUGCCGUAUGACCUCCGGCGGCAGUUCGGCCUGCAGCGCAUCUUCGUGAACCCGCGCGUCGUGACGGGGUACGGCUGGCACUGGUACGUGUGGCACAAGUGGGUGAUGGGGCACCGUGUGGUGCGCUGGUGGGUGCGCGAGGUGUGGGACGGCGCGUGGAUGGAACGCAAGAAGAUGGUCGUCGGCGGGGAGGAGGGCGUGUGGGUGUGGGACGGGGGCGACUGCCACCCGUGGUGGUAGCGCGGGUCUGCGCGGCGUGCUGUGUGGCGCGCGAAGCGGCGGACGGGCAUCUCCGGCUCGUUGUUCUUGCUUGGACUAUCGUAUACCACUAGUGUUGAUGCGAAAGCAGCUAUUGUAUUAGAUUCCUGUCAUGAUCAACUUGGGCGGACUGCAUUUGACGCGUAUUUGACGUGCGGUAGGGUCGCAAUAUUGGUAGACAGAAUAUAGAAGUAGAAUUCUCCUC